CGCAUGCGCUGUGCGGUCAUCACAGUGUGAUGAAGAGAGUGCAGUGCACAAGUAGCGCUAGAGAUGAAGACUCCCCCGGACAGGUCGGGAAUUACCUUUGAGGUCGGAGCUCAACUAGAAGCUCGAGACCGCCACAAAAAAUGGUACGCUGCCACAAUUGAGGAAAUCGACUUCGAGAAAGAGCGGAUCCAGGUCCACUUCCGCAAGUGGAGCCGGAGACACAACGAAUGGUUUCACUGGACCUCACCGUACCUGAGGCCGCUGGAGAGAGUCAGCCUGAGGAGGCAGGGCCUGAACCCACCAUGCUCUCAGCCGAUGUUUGUUUCUGGUACAAAGGUUUUGGCCUGUUGGACAGACUGUCGAUUCUACCCGGCAAAAAUCCUCAGAGUGAACAAAGACGACUCCUACAAAGUGCGUUUCUAUGACGGCGUGGUUCUGACUGUGAAGCCCACUAAGAUCAAACCCUUCGAGGAAAAGUCCAGAUCUGAGAAGAGUGCGGUGGGAAGCGAGGGAUGGGAGGAAGGUGAGAGCGAGGAGGAGGGGGAAGAGAGGAAGGAGGAGGAGGAGGAGGAGGAGGAAAUGGAGGAGAGGAAGGAGGAGGCCACAUCAGAGAAGAAAGAAGGAUCUGAAGAGGAGGAGAGGAAGAGGAAGGCAGAACCUUCAUCCUCCCAUCCACCAUCAAAGAAGAAAACAGAUGAAGGUAGAAGCAGUGGAGCUCAGAAUCAGCCACUCACAGCUGACUCCGCCCCCCCUGCUCCUCCUGUCCCCGCCCCCAGUGACAGAGACAUCCUGUUGGAGCGUCAGUCCCACCUGCCCACCACUCACAGGUUCAGCAGAGAGCCACUGUACAGGGUGAUAAAGAACCAGCCCCCUCCCAUCCUCUCCAUUGAGCUGGACCACAACCCCUUCAAGUGUCCCGCAGCCAGCUGCACCAAGUCCUUCAGGAAGGCGAGUCUGCUGCACUACCACAUCAAGUAUUACCACUCCGACCAGCAGCUGGACGAACAGCUGGACGAUCAGCUGGAGGCCCCGAGAAGGAAGCGGUCGUCUUCUCAGGGGGGCGACUUCCUGUCGGAGAGGAAGAGCGAGGAGCAGCACAGCAUCUGUCACCGUGACGACAGAGAGCACAGCACCGUGACGACAGAAGUGAAGCGUGAAGAAGAGGGGGAGAAAACGGUCGAACAGGAGAGGAAGGAGAGGAAGAACUUCCUGAGGGUCAAACUAAAGAAGAAGAAAAAGAAGAAGAAGAAGAAGAAAAGUCAGCCAGGACAUGCCAGCAGUGACGAUGACAACUCAGACCGGAUCACCGUGAAGCUCUCCUCCGAACACGAGCACACACACACACAAGCGGACGACGGCAGCGACUGGUCGACGCUGACGGCAGAGAGCGGGGAGGACACUUCCUCUUGGCCUGUUGCUAUGGAGACAGAGGAGUGUGAGGUGGUGAGGUGUGUGUGCGAGGUGGACGAGGAGAACGACUUCAUGAUCCAGUGUGAGUCGUGUCUGUGUUGGCAGCAUGGCACCUGUAUGGGUUUAUAUGAAGACAACGUCCCGCACAACUACACCUGCUACUACUGCAGACACACCGCAGGGUGGAGGCGGGCUCAGCGUUUCCUGUCAGAGCCUGAUUUGCUGAUUUCCGGUCACAUGUUCGGCCUGUCGUGUGUGAAGGAGAACUACUCGGAGGUCAACGCCUCGAAGAUCUCGCACACCAGCAGCCUGCUGGCACACACACACGGCCUCAGCCAGGUCCUCAGAGGCCUGCAGCUCAAAGUCAGCCUGCUGCACUCUCCAUCUCAUCCCGACCUGCAGCUGUGGAGGUUGCCGUGGAGACGAGAGGAGGGGUCCAGGUCGGCCUCCAGCCCGAGAGGAGAGAGCCCGAUCUGCUACGUGAGCAGCGAGCACUGCUACCAGAAACCAGGAGCAUCAUGGGAGAUAGCAGAGGAGAGAGACAAGGAGAAGCAGAUGGUGGUGGUGAAGCUGGAGCAGGAGGAAAUAAAGCUUGAAGAUGUGGAGAUGAAACCAGCUGAAGCUCCAGCAGAUGCACUCUCAGCAACGCCCACAGACACACCGCUCCGCAUAAAGAGAGAGAGCCACACACACACUCACACACACACGGCAGAACCUCGCCAGGCAUCCGAGGCCGAGUGUCAGCUGAACCUGCUGGAGCACGUGGAGGCUCUGCACCAUCAGAUCAGCGCCAGGAUGGACCUGAUAGAGCGGGAGCUGGAUGUGUUGGAGUCGUGGUUGGAUCACUCGGGCGAGCUGGAGCCUCCGGAUCCUUUGUCCCGCCUCCCGCAGCUCAAGCAGCGAAUCAGGCGGCUGCUGCGUGACCUGUGCACUGUGAGACACCUGUCCGUCUGGCGCUGACUCUUUUCACUCCCUGACCCCUGACCCUUAACUCCUGCAAGCGUCUGCUAGCCCAUAGGAGCAGACGGACUGACGGACUGACGGACUGACUGACUGACGGAGUGAGCUCUCGACUGACAGAACCCGGGAGGGCGAGUCGCAGAGCGAGUCGACUCUCUGCAGUAAAACUGAGGUUUGUUUCCAGUCGCAGGACAGCAGUGCCGCCUCUGCUGGAGAGAGGAUGCACUACAACACGACGAGGAUGAACGCGUUUUUUUUGUGACUGAACAGGUGCUUUCUUUCUGUUAAAUAUCACAAAGGUACCGCAACAUUUCCCAAACUGUUCCUUCAUAUGUUCAACAAAGUGACGAUGACAGAUUGGGUUUUGAUUAGCUGUGGUUGUACAGGUUUUCGGGACACAAUGUUAGCAUUACCCAUUUCCUAGCAGCCGUCUAACCUGACAAACGUUAUGACCUGAAAAUGAAACAAAGCCGAUGAAGCAUUGUGAGGAUUUGGUCCAAUUAUUUUGAACACAUGAAGAUUUAAUGCUUCUUUGAGUUUCCUAUGGCAGAGAUUCUGAAAAUAUUGAGCAGCUUUACACGGCGAGUCCUCUGAAAUUAAAUGGAUUUUGCAGCAAAAGGUCACCAUUUUUAAAUCCUUGUUGGAACAGAUUGUAAUUAUUAUUUUUGUAAAAUUUAGUUUAACCAAAAAAGAUGAAAUUUGACCUUAAAGAGACGGUUCACCCUCAAAUUAGAAAUGUAUUUUGUGUCUCAUCCCUGUUUUGCUUUAAGGAAUCUGGUGUGACGGAGAUAUAAGAUGGUCUUUCUUUCUUUGUGUAAUAUUGACAGCGUCUUCCACACCUAUAUCCGUCUCUAAAAGGGAUGGCACUGUGGGAAAUGUAGUUUGUUAUUAAUCUCUCGACUACAGAGCUUCCCAUAAAGUGACAAUAUAUGGCUUUUUCUCACAAACUGGUUCUGACAAUUAUGGAUUUUAAGAUUGUUCUAGGCUUGUGACAUUUUGCUGCAAAAUCAGUUCCUAUCAAAGGAAUCGCUGCAUAACUCUGCUCCGUAUUUUCACAUCAAGUUCAUUUUUAGUGGACAUAUGACAACAGUUGAAUAAACCUUACCACACAGAUGGAUGUAUAGAGGAUUUAUAAAAGAUGUUAUAGGUUCAGCUGCCUCUCUGGGCUCUUUAGGAAGCCAGCUCCGUUCAGCCCUUCACUUUUCUUCCUUUUUUCUCUCGUUUGGUAUUUUCAGAUUUUAGGAAUAUUAUUCUACUUUUCUAGAUUUCUAUCGGUGCUUUUGGUUUCUGCAUAAUGUCUCUUUCCGACAGAACCUCUCCAUUUGGGAGCUGUAUAUGUUACACACUAAUAUCCGUUCACAUGUUUAUUUUGUGUUUCGGUGCUUUCAGCUUCUUCAGCAGAGCUCGUUAUAACCUGUACAAAUAUCUGUUUCAGUUUAACCUCGUAUACUCAUCUCUGCUGGUAGUGAUAAUUCCUUUCAGUAUUGUUAGUUUCUCUCCUCGAGGCUAGUGUAAUAAACUGUUUUCAGUCAAAUUAACCAGCAAGACGUUCCUCUGUUGUGACAAAAAACAAAUUCUACGUGUAAAUAUGUCCAGUUUAAUGUUUUAUACUCUUGUGUAAGAAGCUAACUGUAAAAAGCUGUAGAUUUAUUUUCAUAGAGAGAUUGGUUAUGAAUCAGGUUGGUUAAUAUCUGAUGUGUUUGAAGAACGCAGAGCUUCCGUUGCUUGUGUUUAGUUUUCGUGCAACCGAUUUAUUUUAACUGUUUUUAUUUUACAUUUUAGUUCAUGGUGCAUUCAGGCGCUCCUCCACAACUUCGGAAAAAUCCCUGUUGUUGAAAGCAAUGCGACUUUAUUAAUGUACCUCAUUUCAGCAACAGGGCAAUACAAAUAAUUACAACUCAAAUUGUAAGCAUUGAUACGAUGUAAGAAAGGGCGGGAUAAAAUUAGAUUUUGGAAAACAUUCAAAAAAGAACAGACAUUUUUAAAAAGUGUGUAAGAUGUGAAAAUCUGAUUUAAUAAAGCGGCCAAAGAAGAAUAUUUAGUGCUGAUUUAAAAGACAUUUCAUUUGUAGCAGGUCUUCAGUUUUCAUUUAAACAUCCACAUGUUUGCAGGCACUUUUCUGAGUUGGUGAGGACCCGCCUGAAGGCCACACACAUUAAGCUAAACAGUCAAUGUUUGUUCCUGUAUUCUGUUUAAAGCAUGAUGUUUUCUGACGAAUUCUAACUUUGAUUAAAAUGAAGAAAUUCCUGUC